AUGUCGACCACCUUCUCAUCCCUCCCUAUAGUAGACCUUGCCCCUCUCCAGGCUGCUCAAGGUCCGUCAGAUUCCGAGCUGAAGGACUUGAGCACCCAGCUUCACAAUGUCUUUGCCACGACGGGGUUUGCGUACCUCGUCAACACGCCCCUGACGUUCAGACACGCCGAUGUGUUUGGUCUGGCCUUGGAGUUUUUCAAUCUUCCGCAGGAAGAAAAGAUGAGCUUGGCAAAGCAGUCGUUUAGAAAAGGAAAUACCAACACAUAUCGAGGGUACUUCCCCACCCAGCCAGAGCAAGCAUCCGAUAACCUCAAAGAAGGAUUCGAAAUCGGCUCAACCACUAGUGUCGAAACGAGAUCAAAUCCAACACGGGACUCACGCUUCGAUCUAUCCGAGCCCAACGUGUGGCCAGCCAAAGACUCUUACCCUUCUCGUCAACGCCUGGAGAAUUUUUAUUCCGAGCUACAAAUUUUAUCCUCUAGACUGCUCUCCCUCCUGGCCAUGUCUCUCGGCAAACCAGCCGACUUUUUUGAUCCCUAUCUGACCGACUCCCUGAGCACGUUGCGUCUUCUUCACUACCCACCUGGCGAAACUGCUGCCACUACUACUCCAUCAUCAUCAAACGAUACUUAUUCUCGGGACAACACCACAACUCCUCCCCCAGAGCCCUCUGAUCCGGUGAAACUCAGCUGCACUCCACACACUGACAGCGGGAUCCUCACUUUGCUUCACCAGGACUCGACAGGCGGUCUUGAAGUGCAGGAUUCAUCCGGCAAAUGGGUUCCAGCACCGUAUAUCCCCGAGUCCAUUGUCGUCAACAUUGGCGAUCUCAUGGCCAAAGUGUCUGGUGGCAGGUUCGUCGCCACCAUGCAUCGCGUCCGCGCUCCUCCAGCAUCUGCCAUAUCGGUAGAUAAACAGCCAGACGCAAAAAUGAAAGAUGCAGAUGGAUCGAGGGCAAAAUUUGGACGGUUCAGUGUGCCCUUUUUCUUUGAGCCUGGCGAGAAUUGUGUUGUGCGUGCUGUUGACGAUGACACGGGCAGCGGCAUUGUGUAUGGCGAGCAUAUGCGCGCAAAGAUGAAGACGUGGGUUGAGUAUAAUUGA